ACUCUGCAGUUUGAAGGAGUUGGCAGAGGGAUCGCAUCAAGCCUCAGUGUGGGGGGAAACUCUGCCGAGCGAGGGGAGGAAGACGAAGAAGAAGAAUUAGAAGAAGAAGAAUUAGAAGAAGAAGAAGAAGAAGAAGAGGAGCAGAGAGCAAAAGGCUGAACCAGUUCCCUGCACACUUGUCCCGCAGAGUGAUUUAGAGAUGCAGAGCUGCGCCAGGUCCUGGGGGAUCUUCUUGGCCAAGAACCCAUGCGCACCGUGCAGGCAUCUGAGCGUCAGGAGCCGCGUGGUGGGGAAACUUCAGAGCAGCAUCCGAAACUGUGGCGCGUCCUCAGCAGCAAGAGGAGCAGGAGCAAGAGGAGCAGGAGCAGGAGUCCGGGGUGUGAGGACGUCUGCAGCCGCCUCCUCCAGACAGAUCGAGAGAAUCUUACCCAGACAUGACGACUUCGCAGAGAGACACAUCGGCCCAGGUGAGAGGGAGAAGAGAGAAAUGCUGGAUGCUCUGGGACUCGAGUCGAUCGACCAGUUGAUCGAAGACACGGUCCCGACCUCCAUCCGUAUGAAGCGGAGUAUGAAAAUGGAUGAUCCACUUUGUGAGAAUGAGAUUCUGGACCAUUUGCAGAAGAUUGCAUCCAUGAACAAAGUGUACAGGUCCUACAUCGGCAUGGGCUACUACAACUGCUCAGUACCUCCGCCCAUCCAGAGAAAUCUCCUGGAGAAUGCAGGCUGGGUAACUCAGUACACACCUUACCAGCCCGAGGUCGCUCAGGGUCGCCUGGAGUCCCUCCUCAACUACCAGACCAUGAUCUGUGACAUCACAAGUAUGCCCGUCGCCAACGCCUCCCUGCUCGACGAGGGAACCGCGGCUGCUGAGGCCAUGCAGCUCUGCCACAGACAGAACAAAAGAAGGACUUUCUACAUUGACCCACGUUGCCAUCCUCAGACUAUUGCUGUGGUGCAGACCAGAGCCAACUACAUUGGGGUAAAAACGGUUCUGAAGCUGCCUCAUGAGAUGGACUUCAGUGGAAAGGAUGUGAGCGGCGUGCUCUUCCAGUAUCCAGACACUGACGGCAGGGUGGAAGACUUCACUGCCCUCGUGGACCGUGCACACAAAGGAGGGGCCCUGGCCUGCUGUGCCACAGAUCUUCUGGCUCUCUGCGUGCUGCGUCCUCCUGGAGAGUUUGGUGUUGAUAUUGCACUGGGCAGCUCCCAGAGGUUUGGAGUUCCUCUCUGCUACGGCGGUCCGCACGCUGCCUUCUUCGCUGUUAAAGAAAACCUGGUCCGGAUGAUGCCCGGCAGAAUGGUUGGUGUCACCAGGGAUGCAGCUGGUAAGGAAGUGUACCGGCUUGCUCUGCAGACCAGAGAGCAGCACAUCCGCAGAGACAAAGCAACCAGCAACAUCUGCACUGCACAGGCUCUGCUGGCCAACAUGGCUGCGAUGUUUGGUCUGUACCACGGUCCUCAGGGCCUCAAACACAUCGCUGAGCGGACACAUAAUGCUGCACUAAUCCUCGCUGAAGGUCUGAAGAGAGCAGGACACCGGCUACACAGCGACAUGUUCUUUGACACCCUAAAGAUCAACUGUAGCGUGGCGGCCAAAGACAUCUUGGAGCGAGCUACGCAGAGGCAGAUAAACCUGCGCGUCUACACUGAGGGAGUGUUGGGCGUCUCUCUGGACGAGACGGUGACCGAGAGGGACUUGGACGACUUGCUCUGGGUCUUUGGCUGUGAAUCGUCAGCUGAGCUGAUAGCCGAGAAGAUGGGGGAGCGGGUGAAGGGGAUCACAGGAAGUCCUUUCAAGAGGACGAGCAAGUACCUCUCGCACCAGGUUUUUAACAGUUACCACUCUGAGACCAACAUUGUGCGAUACAUGAAGCGUCUGGAGAACAAGGACAUCUCCUUGGUGCACAGCAUGAUACCACUGGGCUCCUGCACCAUGAAGUUAAAUAGUUCAUCAGAACUCAUGCCCAUCACCUGGAGGGAGUUUGCCAACAUCCACCCGUUUGUGCCUCUGGAUCAGGCCGAGGGCUACCAGAAACUUUUCAAACAGCUGGAGAAGGACCUCUGUGAGGUGACGGGCUACGAUAGGAUCUCCUUCCAGCCAAACAGUGGUGCUCAGGGAGAAUACGCUGGCCUGGCCGCCAUAAAAGCCUUCCUGAACUCAAAGGGGGAGAGCUCGAGAAGUGUCUGUCUGAUUCCCAAGUCGGCUCAUGGCACCAACCCAGCGAGCGCUCAGAUGGCUGGAAUGAAGGUUCAGGUGGUGGAGGUGGACAAGGACGGCAACACUGACAUGGCACAUCUCAAGGCUCUGGUUGAUAAACACAAGGCGAGUCUGGCGGCCAUGAUGAUCACCUACCCCUCCACCUUCGGCGUGUUUGAGGAGCAAAUCAGGGACGUGUGUGAUCUUAUUCAUGAGAACGGUGGCCAGGUGUACCUGGACGGUGCCAACAUGAACGCCCAGGUGGGAUUGUGUCGUCCUGGAGAUUACGGCUCAGACGUGUCUCAUCUCAACCUGCACAAAACCUUCUGCAUCCCUCAUGGUGGAGGAGGACCCGGCAUGGGGCCCAUUGGAGUGAAGUCUCACCUCGCCCCUUUCCUGCCGACCCACCCGGUGGUAGACAUGCAGUCAGGCAACACCAGCAGCUCGCUGGGCACCAUCAGCGCCGCCCCCUGGGGCUCCAGUGCCAUCCUGCCCAUCUCCUGGGCCUACAUCAAGAUGAUGGGAUCUAAGGGACUGCGUCACGCUACAGAAGUGGCCAUCCUCAACGCCAACUACAUGGCCAAGAGGCUGGAAGGUCACUACAAGAUCCUCUACAGGGGCAGGAAAGGUUUCGUAGCCCACGAGUUCAUCCUGGAUGUGAGGCCAUUCAAGAAGACGGCAAAUAUCGAGGCCGUGGAUGUGGCCAAGAGGCUGCAGGAUUACGGUUUCCAUGCGCCCACCAUGUCAUGGCCGGUGGUUGGUACACUCAUGAUCGAGCCCACAGAGUCCGAGGACAAGGCCGAGAUCGACCGGUACUGCGACGCCCUGCUUGGUAUCCGACAGGAGAUCGCAGACAUCGAGGAGGGAAGGAUGGACUCGCGCGUCAAUCCGCUCAAGAUGUCCCCUCACUCUCUGGCCUGCAUCUCGUCGUCAAACUGGGACAGACCUUACUCCAGGGAGCUCGCAGCUUUCCCCCUGCCUUUCAUUAGGCCCGAGACCAAAUUCUGGCCGAGCAUCUCCAGGAUCGACGACAUCUACGGCGACCAGAACCUUGUGUGCACCUGCCCCCCCAUGGAGUCGUACGAGUCUCCGUACGAGGAGAACCGAGCGUCCUCGUAGACGCUCCCUGUGGUCUGGUCCCAAUGUCCGGCCAAAGCUCCAAGAACUCAGACUUAGAAUUAUCUGUGAAAAUGUGAGAGGGUUCGGGCUAAAAACGCUACAGUGUGAAGUCCUGCUAACUGAGGCUCAUAUUUCAGAUGGAGUUUAAUAAAAAUAUUCUCGAUAGUUUGAUAAUUAGGUGAAAAUAGAUCAAUACUGUCGGGCUCUUCAUGGGACAACAAAAGUCUAUUUUCUUAGUUUUUCAUGACGUGAGAUUUUUCAUUUUUAUUGCCGUGUGAAUUGUUAAAUCAAACCGAGCCAGCAGCAGCAAAUCGUCUAAACGAGCCCUCGGAGCACUUUUCCCACCACAAACUGUAACAGCCCUGAUUCUUAUUCUACUUUUUAUACAUGGGUUUCUAUGUGUGAGCUGGAUAUUGGGACUGGACUUUGUAUGAUUACGCCCUCUUUUAUUGGGGUCAUGGAAUUUACCCCCACUCGAACUUUAAUGGACCAAAGGUGCAUCUUCUGAGGCGGCUCCGUAACACACCUCUGAAACACCGAGUAAAGUUAACUUUAAAAAGGAAAACAAACGCCCUUGGUGCCUGGAAUCUGUCGUGUAAAAUAGCUGCCUUCACGUUUCCCCAUUUGUUUUUCAAAUCCCUGACGAUAUCAGUUAGUUUCCUUGUUAAUAUGCAUCUGUAGUAUGAACAUGUUUUAAUGUAUGUUGUGACAUUCGCUCGCCGCAUAGAAGAUAGAAGUCUUAAUGUUAAUUUUAAAAGCAAUUAUUUUCUAAUCUAAAUGUUUUGUCUGUAGAUGAAAAAAAUCUGUAUUAAACAUUUGUCUUUAA